CAAGUUAAAAUUUAAAAAAUAAAAUACAGAAUUAAAAAUCAUAAUUUCUGUUUUGUGUGUAACAAUUAUUGCAAUAACUACAAAAUAAUCAAGUUGAUUUAGAAUUAUAGAAUCCCAUAAUUGAUUCACUCUCAAAAUCUCAACAAGUUCACUACAGUAUAUAAUUAUUCGAAUUCUCUAAAGUUAUAUCCUAUUAUACAUCGGCAGUAGACAACAAGUGAUAUAAUUUAUAUUAGGUGUAUAAAUCUAUCUUUGCAAUAAUUGAGAGAUUUUAAUAAUAAGAAAAGUAUUACAGUUAAAUAUACUUUAGAUUUUAAGAAUGGGUUCGACAAGUCGCUGGCUUGAUGUAGAAGUUGGAACGAAUGAAAUUCAUCUUGAUUCGUUGCCGUCGAAUGUUGUGGUAGCUGAUAUACAUAAUGAUAAUGAAUUCAAGUUAGUCGUUGGAGAUUUUGGAAAACCUAAUGAAGGCCCAAAGAUAAAGAUCUUCAAAGGUGCCAUGCAGAUGGCAGACAUGCUAUUGCCAGACCUACCUUUAGGAGUUGUAUGUUUCUAUGCAAGUGAAACAUCGCCUAAAUCAGCACCAUUAAUUGCAGUGGCUUUCAGCUCAUGUGUCUAUGUAUAUAGAAAUCUCAAACUAUUUUAUAAAUACUAUUUACCAAGUAUUGAACUGAAUAAAUCUGAAUUGGAUGUCUGGAAGCAGUUAAAAGAUCCUGUGAACAACAAUGAAGAAUCUAUAAUAUUACUUACAAAGAAGUUAUCCAGUAUACCUACUGAUGUAUUGAGCAGACAAUCACUGUCAUUCCUUGCUUUACCUAUGGACCAAAAAUUGGAAUAUUUGGACACUAUUGAUGAGGAUCCAAAGAAGUUGCAACCAGAGAUAUCGUGUGUGACUACCAUGAAGUUGAGCUCAAAUGAUAAGCAUGCAGUUAGUUGUCUGGUUAUAGGUAGUGAAAGCGGACAUGUGUAUUACUUGGAUCCUCAUACAUUUACUCAAAUGGCAAUGGCCAGGUUAAGUUCAGUGAAAACGGUCCCAUACCAAAUGAUAGCUACCGGACUGUACAAUGUUGACUUCAGAUUAACUGUAGCUACAAGGGAUAAAGCCGUUAUUCUAUUGAAACAUGGGUCAACCGAAGGACGCCAUUUGUUUUCCACUGAAGAGCACAUUGUAGCCAUUGAAGUGAUGAUGUUUGACAACAGUAUUAUGGUCAUAUGUUGUGAUAAAACACUGUCUUCUUACACUAAAAAGGGUAAGAAGCAGUGGUGGCUGAGCCUGGAACAUCGUCCGGUAGCGAUGUGCCUCGUGCCAGUGCUGCACCUGGGGGUGACCCUGACCGCGGUGGCACUGAGCUCGGGCCACGUGUACCUCUAUGACGGCAAGAUCAAACGGGACACCGUGUUUGUGAGAGAUGUCGCCUCAGUGAUAAAGUUUGGCAGACUGGGACAAGAGGAGCACGCUUUUAUAAUAAUAACCGCAAGUGGUAACUUAAUGCUGAAGCUAUUGAAACGCACAGCCGAAUUUAAUGGCCAAGCAGCUGGCGUCGACCUCGGGAACCCUUCCGUAGGACAGAAGCCGUGGAUGAUCCCAAAGAAGUCUAAGCUGUUUCUAGAACAAUCCAUGAGAGAAAGAGAAAAUGCCACAGCUAUGUACGAGACAUUCCAGCACGACCUGAACAAGUUGCGGCUGAAGGUAGCCUCCACGCUCAUAGAGGCUCACACCAGGUCCGACAAUACUCUGGCAGUCGGAGACUUGGAGUCCAUUAAACUAGCUGCUGAGGUAGAUGGACUGGGCCCAAUGUUUCUCAUGACUCUGAUAGUGGAGAACAGAUCCCAGACGAAGUCAGUUGUCGGUCUGUCGGUUCUGUUCCACCUGACGACCAGCUACAAGGUUGACACACCAUAUAUUAAGGUACCUCUUCUAUCACCCGGCUGCAAACUUAGGUUCAGAACGAAAAUUGAAGAGAUAUUCAGUGAAAAUAUGAAUCCUGAUAUCUUAUUUAGAUCUGUAACCGGUCAGGGUGGGGAGGGGUCAAUGAUCAAGAUUCUGUUGUUGAAGGCGGGCAAGUGCAGGCCAGUACUCGCUGCCAACGUUCAGAUGCCCCCCACCGACCCUUUGCUAGUGCCCUGUGAUAAAAUGCAACCUUCAGGGUUUAAAGGUGACGAUGUUGCUGAUUUCUAGAAUUGACGGUAUUUAGAAAAUUGAGUGUCACAUUGUUUGAUAUAUUUAUUAUGUCGCUCUUAACCAGAUACAAUCCUUUUAUGACACGUUUAGAACUUAGAUAAUUAAUACGUCUAGAUUGAGUUUCUUGCUGUUAGACAACUGAUAAAAACAAGCCAGGUUUAAUACUUUAGUGUGCGUGACAUCCUGCGUCUUACACGCGUGAUUUGUAUGACACUUUGUCUUACGGCCGUUCAGAAUAUACUAUCUACAGAUAGAGAUAUAUUACUACCUUCUACUGUCAGUAAUUAGCUGUCAAUAAUCUGAAGCUUGGGACAGCUUAUACAUAUACCCGACAAGUUAUUCGCCAGUUCACUGUUGCAAUUUCUAUACAAACUUCUAUUCCUAGUAAGCUAUACGUCGUCCCAUUGACAGACAAUGUGUACGGAUAACACGAGUUACCGUCGAUAAGUUUAUUGGGACAAAAAAGUUAACGAUAGUUACGAUUUUUUAUCUCAAGUAGGCUACAACCGGAGAUAGACUGAAUAUUGGGAAUGGCCGUUAGUGCGCGUCAUUGCUCAAAAUAGAGGUUAAUUCUAAACUCAAUUUUAUUGAUUUUUUCACAGCUGUCAUAGUCUAUCUAGACGUAUAAAUGAUCUAAGGUUUAGGAUAUUCCUACAGGAAAAAUUUAGUAUUGAGUAGACGUACCUACCAAGCAUUGUUCACACAAUAUUGUUAUGUUGGCUUUAUACAGUGAUUUGAAAUAAAUACAAUU